AUGUUCGUCAAAACUCUCUUCCCCAUUCUCCCCUUGAUCGCUUCUGUCAGCGCCACUGCCAAACCUCGUAGAUUCGCAAAAAGGCAAGAAGGAGCUUCUAAAAUUCAGCCUGCCAGGGAAGAUAACCUUUGUAUUACUGUCAUGCGUGGUGGAGCCGUCGUAGGGGCUCCUAUCCAAAUUUCUACAUGUUUCGAUGAUUCCGACCCAUAUGCGCAUCUGCAAAGAUUUACAUGUUCAGAAGAAGAUCAAGGAGGUUUUUUAUCUAUCGCUCUGGAGUGCGAUCCCAGUCUCUGUAUCGAUAGGGGAAGCGAUGAUUCCGAUGAUGGAAGCGCUCUCCAGCUUCAAGAAUGUAUGGGCGGUACCACCUCCGCUCAAAAUUGGAAACAUGUCGAUCAACAGAUCUUUUCAUACUUCGACGGCAACCAAAAAUGCUUGGACGUUCAGGAAGGUUCAGAACAUUACCAAGGGGCAGGGGAGCCCUAUGCGAGUGAGAAGUCUCUGCAAACUUGGCCUUGCUUCGAGGGUAACACCAAUCAGAUGUGGAAACUCACUCAAGCUUAA